UAGUUACCUACCUAGGCAAUCAUUCCUAUCAGUCUUUUGUGGCGCAUCCUUCCAUUGUCACAGCACCCUGCAUUACUCUAGCCUACCUCAAGGAUUUCAUCGCAUCUUAAGCAAGCAUCUUUUCACCUAACUCUACUUAAGCAGCAUAUGCUCUAGAUCAAGCAGGCAUCACAGGUGUCAUAGGUAUCACAGGCAUCACACACAGUCGUAGUCAUGUCCUUUAAGAGAUCACGCAUGGCAAGUCCUGCUGAGGAGAAGGUGGAGUGCAAGCGACUACGCCGCCUUACUGAAUACCGCAAGCCAAUCUCGCCCGAAAUUGGCUCGUUGUAUGACAUUCUACAUGAUCACGCGACAAUCCCGCUCUACGUCCUUCCAAUUGGCUGGACAGAGCUUCAUAAGCAGCUAUUGGGGUGUCACUUUGUGCAGCUACCUCCGCAGGCCACGCCAAUACCUUCGGGCUCUGUCUCGUCCCGAAUACGCCCGCUAUCAUAUCGGGCACCUCGGGAGAUUAUUGAUAUGGGUAGAGACAUUGACACCAUCAUGGGUCCGGGCAUCAUUGCCCUCAUGAAGACUCAAGCAGUAAGGAACGUCCUAGAAACUGCAUUUCCGGGUCGAUUCUCUCCAAUGGCAUCAGAUCUCACCAUUUGGUGUGGGGGUAAACAGUAUACAUGCGCAGUUCGCUGUCAAGCCAUGUGGAAGAAAGCCUGUGAAUCUGACCUAUCGGAUCUGCCGACCCUUCAUUCCGUUUCUUCGACUUCCACCUACGGUUCAAACGCGUCCGAAAGCUCCUUCGCUAGCAAGUCUGAGAAUGGGAUCAUCAGAGCUCCUUUUGAUACACCAGUGCUAGGCUACUUGAAUUUAGACUAUCUUAACCAUGUUAGACGGAAGUGUUACCGGAUCCAGCUUUGCCCUGAUGGCUCGCCGAACAUCCCAAUCCAGCAACUCCACCAAUUGCGUUCGCGAAAGCUCAUCCCUCAAAAGCCCCUGGAAGAUCAGUACAUUCUUGCCAUUGCUCUCGCCAUGGCUCAACAGCAUGCAUAUGCAAGCAUUUCUACGCAAGAAGGCUUUGCGCCAAAGAACAUUCCGGUUCGCAUCUUGGUGACAUCCGAAGCAGAAGCCACUUUCAUCGUCUAUUCUUGUGUUGUGCCCAUAGCACUAUUGACCUUAUUUCAUGAGCCCGCUCAGACGCCACUUGGUGAUUUACGAGUCAUAAUCCGAUAUCAGCAUGUGCCUGUAUGGCCGAUUCUAGGCCUCAAAGAGCGCCUUGGACAAGCCCUCGGUAAAGACAUCGUUGGCGAUUUUGACGAGUUCCACAUUAAUACUUUCGAAAAGCCCCAAUCUGAUUCUGAUGACGGAAGCGGAGUUCGUGAGAAAGAGAUGACUACUGUUUUUAAAGAGCUUGCCAACAGAGAAUUAGUAACCCCUAUAGUGCCACAAGUCACUUCGCCUAAACAUAAGCGAGAAAUCCUUUCCGAAGUGUUUAAUGCGAGCUUUUCUGAGGAUCGUGACUCUCACGAUUACCCAAGCGAACUAUUAGCAAAACGGAGGUGUCUAGAGGAAGGUAGGAUUGGCGUUGUCCGAUGAUGCAAUGUCCCCGACCAUCCAACGGAGUCUGCGGGAUAUACUUCGAUGGGUUACUGAAACAUGGGCAGGCACACAAUGAGCCGGCAACGCGACUAUAGGUACUAUCGCAGCA